UACAAGUUCGCAUAUAUCUGGGUUGGAAACUCUGAAACACAAUGCCCUGGCUACUGCGCUUGGCCAUUUCAUCAACCCAUUUACGGUCCACAAAACCCACCGUUGGUUUCCCCUAACAACGACGUGGGUCUCGACGGAAUGAUCAUUAACCUCGCCAGUCUUUUGGCCGGAACCGCCACGAAUCCUUUCGGUAACGGCUAUUAUCAAGGUGCAGUCGAUGCUCCUCUGGAGGCAGCUUCUGCCUGCCCGGGAAUAUACGGGAAAGGUGCCUAUCCGGGAUACGCCGGCGAUCUGUUGGUGGAUUCUAACGGAGCUAGUUAUAAUGCUAAUGGCUGUAACGGUCGGAAGUUUUUGCUUCCGGCCAUGUAUGAUCCUGCUACAUCCACAUGUUCCACGUUGGUCUGAAAACCCUAGACAGAAAAAACACUUCUUGUGAUGAUGUAUGCUUAUAUAUAUUGUGAAUAGAACCUUUUGUAUUUCUUUGAUUCAAUUAUAUUUAUUUAUUUUGCCCAAUUAAGAAUUUUGUUCAA